AUGAGCUUUUAUAAGAAUUUAAAUGUCGCUUUGCAUUUGAAAAGGAAGAAUAUUUUAUUUAUCGGUGCUCCAGGAUCCGGAAAGGGUACGUAUUCACGGAUUAUUUCUCCCAUUUUGAUGAUCCCAACAUUUGGGUCGGGAGAUUAUAUGAAGAAGGAAAUCGCUCAGAAAACGCCUUUUGGGAAGCAGGUUGAACCGUACGUGAAUAGUGGCCAGCUUGUUCCUGACGAAAUCGUUCUCCCUGUGAUCCAAAAGAUCAUCCAGCAACCGGAGUACAAGUCGGGUGUGAUUCUGGAUGGUUUUCCGCGUUCUUUGGUUCAGUCGAAAGCGAUCGAAGACUCUUUCCCGAUCGAUCUUGUAUUGCAGUUUCAUCUUCCUCGCGAUCUCCUGAUCCAGAAGUUGAUGGGUCGCCGCGUGUGUCCCAAGUGCAACCGUUCGUACAACGUCGCCAGUAUCAUUGGGGGCGGAUAUCACUUGCCUCCCUUGGCUCCCAAAGAGGAAAACCUCUGCGAUACAUGCCACGAAGAGUUGAUCACGCGAAGCGAUGACAAUCGCGAGGUGAUUGAGAAUCGUCUGGCGGUGUAUGAGCGUCAGACAGCUCCCAUCAUUAGUUUCUAUGGCGUGGGCGGAAAGAGUAAGUGCUAUGGGGCGUGA